AUGCCAUAUUAAUGCAUUCAAGAUGCUGAGUAGGGAUUGAUUAACUCUUUGGCAUAUCAAAAUAACUACAAACUUAAGAUUAGAGGCAUCUCAAUACAUCUGUUAGAGCUUAGACUUAAAAAAACAGCGGAAACUGAUGAUAACUAGCUUGAAUUAGAGGAAUAACUUUCAGCUCGAUAAAAAGAUAAAAAGUCAGGAAAUCUUAAUAAAGGAGAAUAUAACAAAGUUAAUGAUAGUAUAGAAGAUUUAGAAAAUACUCAAAAUUCCAGAGACAAUAGUAAUGGUAGUGGUAGUGGUAAUAACAAUAACAAUAACAUAUACAGAUUUUGA